AUGGAUGAAGGUUUAAUAUUUUCCAUCUCUGACAGACGAUGGAUUAGCCCUGUACAGGUUGUGCCAAAAAACGGGGGCACGAGGGUGGUAAAAAAAGAGGACAACAAGCUAGUUCCUACCAGAACAGUUACUGGGUGGAGGAUGUGCAUAGAUUACUGGAGAUUAAAUGAUGCAACAAGGAAGGAUCACUUCCAUCUUCCUUUAAAUGAUCAGAUGUUGGAGAAGGUGGCGGGGCGUGAAUGUUAUUUCUUCUUAGAUGGAUAUUCAAGGUACAAUCAAAUACCCAUUGCUCCAGAGGAUGUUGAGAAAACCACCUUUACAUGCCUGUCCGGAAUCUUUCCAUACCGGAGAAUGCCUUUCGGACUAUGCAACGCACCAGCUACUUUCUAG